GUGUAGUGUGUAGUGUGUAGUGUGUGGGGGCCGGGUCAUGAGACUCCAGGGGUGGGUCCUCUUCAGUAAAGUAUCCCCCUGUUUUCUCUCAGCAUCCUGGAGGCAGAAACACACGUGUGUGAUCAGUCAGGCUGCAGCUAUCAUGGCAGAGGAAGCAAAGAAACUGGCUGCUUAUGCUGCGGUGGAUAACCACGUCCAGAACAACCAGGUGGUGGGAGUGGGCAGCGGGUCAACCAUCGUCUAUGCAGUGGACAGAUUAGCGGAGAGAGUGCGCCAGGAGAAACUUAACGUUGUGUGUGUGCCCACGUCUUUCCAGGCCCGUCAGCUGAUUCUGCAGCACGGCCUCACGCUGUCGGAUCUGGACAGGCACCCAGAGCUGGACGUGGCGAUUGACGGGGCGGAUGAAGUGGACGCAGAUCUUACGUUGAUUAAAGGUGGAGGCGGCUGCCUGACUCAGGAGAAGAUUGUUGCUGGCUGUGCAAAACAUUUCGUCGUCAUUGCAGAUUACAGGAAGGACUCCAAGGCUCUGGGCCAGCAGUGGAAGAAGGGAAUUCCCAUCGAGGUUAUCCCCAUGGCGUACGUUCCCAUCUCCAGGAAGAUAGCCAAGAGCUUCGGAGGAGAAGCCAACUUGCGAAUGGCUGUCAGUAAAGCGGGUCCGGUGGUCACUGACAACGGUAACUUCCUCCUGGACUGGAAGUUUGAGCACGCUCAGAACUGGAAGGCAGUCAACACAGCCAUCAAGAUGAUUCCAGGUGUUGUGGACACAGGACUCUUUGUCGGCAUGGCUGAGCGAGCUUACUUUGGGAUGGAGGAUGGAAGCGUGCGUGUUCGGGAUCCUCCAGUCAAAUGAGCAGCUGCUACCUUCACCCUCUCUGACCUCCUUUUUGAAUGACCUCACUUCUCCCGCAAGUGCCGUGUUGAUAAUUUACUCCUGCUCUCAGACUGUGUUUGGACAGAGCUGCACCUCCUGCAGAACUGGACAAAACCGUAACACGCAGGUUUUCACAGCUCGUCUCGAAACCAGAUAAGAUUCAGACUCACUUGAUUUUCCUCAUCCUGCAUGAUGUGGUGCUUCAGAUUCUGUGAGUUUUAAAGUGCCUGAUGAGUAAAAUCAAAUGAAUCUGAUUAAGAUUUCUUCUUUUCAUUUAGUAUGUUUGCUCAGUUUGUAGUCACACUGGGAAUGUUGGCUCUUCCUGUAAUUAGUGGGUUCGACUGAAUGUCUGCAGAAUAAAACUAAGGUGUGCCUUGAGAUUAAAAUUAGUUUUAUUGAAAAUGAUGCUCUCGAAGUUACAUUUAAUAAGCUUGUAAUUGAACAUCAGACUAUUAUAUUCUGGACGACUGCAGCUAACAGAAGUCCACCAGUCAAGUGAAAGCUUGAGACAAAAACAGUCUGAUAUGCCUUGAGAUUUAGUUUUUCUCUUAAUUGAUUUUUUCUAUAACAGAUGGGGGUGUAAUAUGACCUUUGCAUACUAAAACACAAAGGAAUUAUACUUGUGUCAAGAACAUAAUUUUCCUAAUUAAUAUGCUAAUUUCAACAGCAAGAAGCUGCAAACUUUAAUGAGAUUGUUGACAACUUCAGGAGACCCUGUGGUGCAGGUGGGAAGUUUCCAUUAUUUAGUGUUUAGUAUUCAGAAAACACGUGACGAUUUGAUACUGUAAUGUCUCCUACAUGCACGUAACACAGAGGUGGACAAAUGUGAUUAGGGAUGGGAAUUGAGAAACCGGUUCCAAAUUGACUGAUCUAUUGGAAUCUAUAAAGAACUAGGCUGAUAAGCAGAAUCAAUAAUGGCAUCGGUAUCAUAAAGUCUUCUCAAAUCCCAUCCCUAAUGAUAUGUAUUCUGCUUUCAAUUAAAUGGAAACAACACACGGGUAAAAACAUGGAACUUAAAAAAAAAAAAAAAAAAAAAAAGGGGUAAAAAAAGAACCGUGCAGAACUUGAGCAGUGUAACAUUUACAGCAGGAACAUCGAGAACUACCAACCCAGAGGAGAAGUUUAACUGAUGUUGUCACUGUGAGGUUGUGCUCUUCCUGUUGCAGAAACCUGCUCUCACAAUGUGUCAGCGGCUGAUUCAACUUUUCCUUUUGUGUGCGAGUGGAACUGAAACUCCAGGUUUUCUGCUCUGGCUUCUUGUCUGCUGUCACUUUAUGUGUCAUACAGCAGAGCUGAGCUUCAUUAUAUAUCAUUUUUUUGACAAUGUAGUGAUACAUUUCAUCAUCUCAGCCAUUCAGCUACAUUCGCCAAACAUUUUGACUCGAUCCUUACUAGAAAUGUUACUUUUUGAACUGUUCUAGACAGCAGACAGGUUUGAGAUAAUGUGAGCAUCUGGGGAUUUUAAGCUGGAAAGCCCCUCCAGUCUGACAAGUGAGAUUGUUUAAAGGUGCCCUGUCGAGUUUUUUGCAAACAAAGUUCCUGUUGACUUUGUAGUGUUACUCACCAAAACACAUUGUGUACAUCCGUAACAUCUAACUGACGUGUUGACUGCAUUCUUUACAUCUAGAUUUACUUGUUAGCAGUCUUUUUCCUGUCUAUGCUGGGGCAUUAUUGUGUUUCUUGGUGUGUUACCGCCCCCUGUAGAUCAGUGAGAGUGUGAAAACAUUGGCAGGAAUGUGUGUUAUGUGCAAGUUCAUCCAAACAAGACAUAGACUCAUGGGGGGAAAAAAGCUCAAACAAACAGUGUACCUUUUUUUUUUCAUGCUUAUCAGAACUAGCUGAGAUAUUUUAGCUGAAGGUUUAAAAUUGUUUUUAUUCCAACCACUAGACGACUGAUGUGGUUUUAUGUUUGUCUGCUCCAGCAUGGUGUCAGGAGUGACGAACCUUUGUGGUUUCCUGUGUUGUUUAUACUAGUCAGUUAGCAGGGGUUAACCCUUCAACCUCACACUGUUUAACAAAAAAACCAAACCACUGAAUGUGUGUACUUCCAUGCAUGUAUCCAAAUGCCUCUUUCCACUGUGUCGGUUCUUUUCUGUGCCUGUAAAUCACUUGCAUAACAGUUUCUCUCUUUCAGGGUCACAGGAUGUUUUGUGCCAUUCACUUAAUUCUAAAUGUAGUGGUACAACCUUUUUAAAGUAAUAAAAAAUGAGCAAUUGUGCUCAUAAAAUGGUCAAAAUACUUACUGUAUUUCCACAUAAUGGUGAACCGGUGUAGCUCAAAUGUUAACCAUCAAUACAGUGAGUAUAAUUAAUGUGCCUUGGCGUGCCAAAGCACCAGGACGCCCUUUUCUGAUUCAAAUGUAGCGAAUAUGGAUAACACAAUAAGUCGUAUUGUUAGAACAGCCUGUCAGCAUCACUACAUGUUGUAAAAGCUGCACUUUCAGGUUUUUAGGAAACUCUUACAAAGAAACACCCACAACAUCACAUUUGAAACGUCUUUAGAUAACAGUGCAGCUAUAAAUGUAUAUAAUCUUAUACACAACGUGCAGCAGAUUUUAAAGAGAUAAUGAGAUUCAUGUCUACACAGUAUGCUUGUUACUUUGAGUUCAAUUACAAAACACUAUCACACUGCUCCCCUCACAAAGUAAUCAUCUUAUUAUUUCCAAAGAUACAUCCAAUGCAAUUUGUUUCCACUGUUCACAGCAACUAUCAUCUGUUUGAAAAUUGUGAUUGUCUCCUUUUUUCAAGUGGUAGAUGCAUCCUUUUUUCUUUUUCUUUUUGGCUCUACUUUUGGGUCUCUGUCACAAUGCCUUAUUACUGUUCUUUUGGCAGGGUUGUUUGUUGCAUGUUUGUCAUGUUUUGGUACGUACAGCUCUGAGAGACUCAGGACAACAUCAAGGCUGAUAAAUUAAAUGUAAUCAAGCAAAUGCAGUUGGCUGCAAGUAUUUGUCUACGAGCAACUUGGGUACGAUGUGUUUGAUUCUGUGUAGCUCUACUCUCAGAUUUCUACCUCUGUCGCCUGUAGAAAAAGUAAAAGUUGGGCCCAGUUUUGGUCCGUUUAACACCAUGUUGAAUAUUUUUGCACCAGCAUUUCUUUCUUUCUGUACUACUAUAACUGUGAUAAUGAUUUUUGCUGUGAAGAUACUGUUUUUUUCUCCUUCUUUGUCAAAACAAUACAGGACCAAAACAAUAA